GAAGUGCCAUCGCGACUAGUGAAGUGUUAAGUCGGCACACAAAAUGCCGAGCAGCAACGGAAAACUAGACAUCGCACCGCUUAACAAUUCAGUGUUCGAUCGGUUCCUGGCAACGGAGCACAGCAACUGCACCGUCAUAAUGCAGCGUUGCCUCGAAUUCUUCUGCGUGCUCGGCCCCAAUAAGGCCGACGAGCCCCCGCCAACUCCUCCCACCCGCGCCAGCCCCCAAGGAGCCCAAGUUCACGCUCAACCUCCCCCGACCACCAUCACCGACCCAAGCCCCAUGGGUCUCAUUACCAUGACCUACCCGGAUGCCAAGGUCAACCAAAGAGCCUACCCGCUCGGACGGGUGCCCGAGCGUCACAGCUCGAGGAAUUACCACCACCACCACCACCACCACCACAACAACAACAACAACAACGGCGGCGGCAACCCCACCAACCACCGCACCCCAACCAAGCAUCCUCUUGCCAGUAUCGAUGAGGUGCUGGAGAAGACGAUCGGAAACCCGUCCGAGAAGGACUUUGCCGCCGAGAGCAUUGCGGUGCGCGACUUCGGCGCCGAGGCUGCCGCGCGCCACAAGAGGAAGAGACUGCACGAGGAAGGCUGGGAGACUCCCGGCUACGAUCAUGAGGCAGAGAGUUCCAUCGCCGCUAAGGAUAAGGGCAAGGAGUUCGUGACGGAGAAAUGGAAGGGUAAGGGCAAAGAGGUCGUGAGAAGGACGGUGCUAGAGGACAGCGUGAAUGGAGAGGAGGUUCUGGGAGAUGACUCGGAUGAUAGCGGUGCUAUUUGAAGGUUUUCAGAGGAAUACGCUGCCAGGGUGAUGAGAAUGGAAGGCACGACGAGGAUCGUUCCAAACCUUGGCCCUUAUAUGGUAGUGGUACCUUGGUACUCUACCGCAGAAUUCGAAGAAAUGCCACAGAUGCAACUGCGGGACGGCGGUACCU